GGGCGGCGGCGGCGGCGGCGGCGGCGAGCAUGGGUUUUGGAACCCUCGUUGCGAUUGGAAUUACCGUUUUUGCAGUGAUUGUAAUUACUAUCAUUCUGUGCCUCACUUGUUCGUGUUGCUGUUUGUAUAAAGCAUGUCGAAAACCACGGCCUGUUGUGACCACCACUACUGCCACAACAGUGGUUCAUGCUGCCUACCCCCAACCGGGAGUGCCACCCAGCUACCCAGUAGCGCCGUAUCAAGGAUAUCAGCCAGUGGCUAUCCAGCCACAACCGGGAAUGCCAGCAGCACCGUACCCCACACAGUAUCCUCCCCCUUAUCCCAUGCAGCCAUCAGGACCUCCAGCUUACCAUGAAACAGUGGCAGCUGGUGCUGGAGCACCUUAUCCAAUCAGCCAGCCCCCUUACAACCCUGCUUAUAUGGAUCCUCAGAAGCCCACCUAUUGAACAGACCUACUACCGUGCUUCUGCAUACAAAACUUUUUAAAAUAUAAUUUGUUCUGUUUACACCGUGCAGCUGUAGUACAUUAUCCUGGAAGACAGCAAUCCUUUGUCUAAGUAAAGUGGAAAUUAAUUCAGUAUCCUUUGUGGUUUUAAAUGUUUCAAGUACUUCUGCAAGAAGUUGCUCAUUUAUACCUCAAGCAAAUACAAAAAUUGAUUUUGUUCAAUAUACAGUAAGGAAAGUAUGAAGGGGUGCUUCAGAAAUAAGAACCACAAUAACGUUUAUCAUGCAAUAAUUUUGAAGUGUGGUAGAAAGGAAUGGUCAAAUGAGCAUUAUCAAACAUACAAAGCUGUAGCAAUCUUUUGCACAGUGUUAAGUCUGAGAAACUCUGUGAUAUGUGUUCUGCCAGUUCUGAAGUUACUAGCAUGAGGUAAGCUUCCAUAUAAUACAUUUCAUUUAUUGUUUAAAAAAGAUUUUUACUUUUUUGAAGUGCAUUUGCCUUCAGUAAGGGUAAUGAUCCAUGUUUUAAUUGUGUUUGGACUAGUUGCGUUAUUCUGUGCUAAAUAGCAUGAGUUGGUCAUUUUCUUGUUUUCUUUCCCAGUUUUAAGGCUUAAAAACCGUGCCUUCAUUGGGCAUUUUCUCAGGCUGUUUUACUUUAUAGCUAGAAAUCAGCAACAAAACCAAACCUCUGCUGUUCACUAGAACAAAUAGAUCAAAAGAUGAAAACCCAAGAAUUUUUCUUAAAAAAUAUUGGACAAGUACUUGGUUUGCUUAAUAGUCGCUUAAUAGUCAUAUGUUGUUGAUGAGUUUGGGGAAAAAAAAUAGCACCUUAAUCAUACGUUGAGCAGAAGUGACUGCCAGUGUUGAGCCAUUCUUUGUCACAGAGAAGGGAUUUAUUUUACAGGAUAUAUGUGAUGUCAGAAGUAGACUUUUUUUAAAAAACGUUUAGGGUUUGUCACUGUCUACAACGGGAACCUAGAGAUGACGCAUCUUUAUGAACCAAGUCUGCAUCUGAAUAAUAUGUGUGUCAAAAAAGAAAUGCCAACCAAACUUGGAGUAGAGGUUUAGCCUCCCUUUUGUCUUCAACAUUCCCAUAAAGCCAAGUGAGAACGAGAAGUAAGGACUAUGAAGAGUGGUAGGAUUUGGUCACAGAGCGGUAAUAUGUUUUCAAGAACUAUUAGCAGUGUUAGAAAGGCUUUUGGCUCUUGUACUGAUCAAGUGAAUCAUGAUUUUUAGUGUCCUCUACAACUCUACCUUUUCUAACAUUGAAGUACAAUAUUUCAUACACAGAUUUUACUUGUUUAGAGAGGUCUUUUAGCCACUUGUCCUCAUGAUUCUACAUUUAGGGUGUAUUACUGUUUAAAAGACAGUGAACUUACAUAACUGAUGGCAUUGUUUUACCUCAUACGAUGGAUGGAAGCUGCUACUGUCAAAGGCAGCCUUAUUUCCAGCCUUAUUUCUCUAACUGAUUUUGGCGGGGGCCCCCCCCCCCCUGUUUUUUUUUUUUUAAGAAAAUCUUUAGGGCAUUUCAGGAGAAACUUGUGGAUUUUUUUUUAACAUGGAGAACCAUGACAACCUAUGCCCCUAUGUCACACCACUCCGAGUGUCUGAGUUAAUAGCAUGCAGUGGUACCAAGAGGCACCCACGGAGUGCACAUUCCUCUAUGUUCCUCCCCUUUCCUGCCUUGAAAGCUGGAAAAUCAGGCAAUGCUUCCUAACGCUGUUAGGAGUUCAGUGGGAACAACUAGAAAUGGACAGUGUCCCCUGUACGGAGGAUGAAGUCUUUCCCUACAAAUCUGGAUUUUUUUUGGGGUAGGACAAUAACUGCAGAAAUAAUCCCUUUUGUAUAGAUCCCUACUCCUGUGUGUUUAUUCAUUUAGAAUGGCAGAGAUUCCAGCAACUUUGUUAGUCAGCUGCCUGAUGGAGUCCGGCCAGUGAAAUGCAGCCAGCUCUUGGGCAGUUCUUGGAGCACAGGUACAAUGUUCUAAUGUUGGCCCUCAUGAGGUUGUUACUUUGCACCUCUUCCUUUCUUCUGUCUGAUGUAGCAAAAUGUAUGGUUUGUGGUGGUGUUAGUAGGGUUAUGUUUUGGAUAAAAAGGGAAAAUCUGCAAUUUCAUGACACAUUGGCUUAAUCAUCUGCCAUCGUCCACAAGGAAAAGACAGUAGGAAAGUAAACUGGCAACAAUAAAACUCCCCAGAUCUAAUGUUUUGCGGUAGAUGCAGUGCAGAUCAAAUAAAUUGCCCUGAAAUUGACUGCAUGAGGAGUGGUGGGAGGAGAUGAGGGAUAGGGUUAAGGAGCCUGUUAAUUUAUGCUUCUCUUUCGAUGAACAUCUGCUGAUGUUGACUAUAUUCAAGUGAAGAGAUGAAUCAUUAAUACACAAUGAACUACUUCAGUUGUGUUGUUACUACUUCAGUUAAAAAAUUGGUUGAAGGAAGAGAAAAUGGUUUGCUUUCCUCAUUUCAAAAUUGGAACACUUAAUUGGGUCUUUUCUUACUAAUGCAUUAAUAAACAUUAUUGAUACAGUGUAGGACCAAAUUUUAUGCAGUUAUUGCUGUGCAACCCAAUUAAACUUGUUUUCAUAUAGUCAAAUGAAUGGGACAGUUACAGAAAUGAUGGAGAACUUGUACCUUAAACUUGUUCAAGUACUGGUAAUGUGUCAGUCCCAUUUGCUAAUGUCUUUACAUCAAACUAGUUAUCCACAGUACUGUAGGGAAGGGGUAAUGGAAUUCAUAUUUUAAAUGUUGAGUUUGUUCUUUUUUUUUUAAGUUCUGUAAGUGCCUUUGUUUCAGAAAUGUUUUGUGAAAUUCAAUACAGUAUGACAUUCUGUUGGACUGAAUUUACUAGAUAAUCAUUGUUGACUUUUACAUACCGUAAACUAGCUUUGUAUGUUGUUUGUAAUUCAAAUGUAAGUGUUCGAAAGAAAUGGUAUAAACUCUAUGCACCUUUGUAAUAAAUGCAGUGUUUGAAAUAUAUUCUAUUACUUUUGUUUUCUCA